AGGACGGCGCGGUGAAGGGAUUGCAGCCCCGCCGGGGCGCUUCAGUAAAAGCACGUCUUCUCCCCCCGCACUGGUCUUUCUGACAGCCAGCAAUCUGACGCCUCCUCGUCAAGGUUUGGAAAUUGUUACUUGAUGAAGAUGAAGGUCCAGACUUUCUUAUUUAAAAAUUCAUGCCAUUUAUCUUAAUGUUGGUGCAUCUGUUAAGAACUUCCUCAAGAGCCAGGAAACCUUGCAAGUAUGAAAUAAUCUGAAAAGAGGAGGUAAAGAAGGAAGUGAAAAAGAGGAAACAAGUACUACAACAAAGUAGGCUUAAAACAUAACCAAAAAGACUAAAGAGAGAGCUUGGCCUACCAAUCUUGAGGAAGGUGAAUGCCAUUCUCUAGGAAUAUAAAAAUGAAGAAACUUGAUCUCAGCUCACCAUUCAGCUAGUAGGAAGUCACACAAUUUCCUAGAAACACAAUUCCCCAUAAGAAAAAGAAGUGGAAUGGAAUAAAAUCCCCCCAUAUGGUGCAAUUAUACAUUAAUGUUUGUAAUGUAAAAAGCAUCAGCUACAGAGAACCAUCUUUCAAAACUGAGUUUACUCAAUCCCUCCUCUAAUUGCUUCAGAACUUUGCUAGAUAAUAUUCUUUCAGAUCUGAAAAGGAAUUGCCUAACAGAGCUUGCAAAAUUAUUGAACUAUACAACGCUACAGAGAAUUACAUUGGUCUGUACCCGUGCAUUCAUUAAGUACACCACCAUGCCACUGAACAAUAUUGUCUGUGAAGAAAUGUUGAAAAGCUGUGAAAAUUCUUCAGUGGCCAUUUCUUUGGGAAUUUUCCUUCUUUCACUCCUGGUAUUCUGUGGAAUUGGAUGUGUUUGGCACUGGAAGCACCGUAACUCAACCCGAUUUACCUUGCCAAGGUUUUUGCAAAGAAGAAGCAAGAGAAAAGACUAUACUAAACCACGCUCCUUGAGUCCCUAUGUUGUCGGUCCAAGGGAUAAAAUCUCAGCUCAAACACAAGACUACAGAUCUGCUGUCAGGGGAACUAACCUACAUGAUGAUUAUGAAAAUGUGGAAACGCGUCCUUCCAAAGCUAAAGAAGAAACUGAGAAGGAACUAUACGAAAACACACAACAAUUCAAUUUUGAGGAGCAUGUCUAUGGAAAUGAGACAUCAUCUGACUAUUGUAAUUUCCAGAAACCUUGCACCUCUGAAGCUCCUCAAGAUGAAGAUAUAUAUAUUCUUCCAGACUUGUAACAUUUGCAAAAACUGGGUUUAGUUUUUUGGAGGAUAAAUAUUUACUGGGGCUUUUGUUUUACUAAUGCCAUUAUUAAUCAAGUUCUUCUGAUGAAAUGCAAUGUUCUCUCCAACUCCAUCCUUCUGAACCUUCUCACUGUGUUACUGAGGAUUGAAUAUCUAGAAUAUCUACUCUCCUUGCCUCUGGAUUAAAUCUGAUUUUAUGCUAUAUUGAUUCUCUCCUCCAAAAAUUACCUGAAUUUAUCUCUUUCUUCCAUUUCUACCUCCACCCUCUUUUUCUGACUCAUAAUUGUCACAAUCUCAAAACUGGCCUUCCUGCUUCCAGUUUCUAUCCACUCAAUCAUUUCUCCAGAAUUCUUCCAGAUUUAGCUUCUAAGAAUAUCCCCAAUGGCCACAUCACUCCUUUGCUGAAAGACUUUUAAUGCCUCCUUUUUUGCAAAAGACAUAAAACCCAUAAUACAAACUCCAGACUUUCUGAUUUUCCACAGUUGGGUCCAAUUUACUUUUCCAGUGAUUUCUACUAAUUCCUCAUUUCUCUGCUUUCAUCAGAAUCACCUCAAAACCUGCCAAACUUAUCCCACCUCCGCAAUUUUGCUUAUCUGCCCCUUUCCAAGCCUGCUGCAGAUCAUUAUUUCUUCAAAAAUCUUCUGAAUCAUUUCAAACCUACAUUCACCUUUUUCUUUUCAGACCUCCUAUAGAAUUUGCUGCCUGUUCAAUUCUUUGGACAUUUAAACAUAUCAGUGUCUGCUAUCACAAUUUUUAACAUUUUUAAAAUAACAUAUAUACAGAAAAGUAAUAACUUUCAAAGUACAGUUUAACAAGUAGUUAUAGAACAAAUUUCAAACAUUGUUAUGGGUUACAGUUCCACAAUUUCAGUUAUUUCUUUAUUGUGCUAUCACAUUUUAUUAUUACUUAAUAUCAUGUGAAAAUGUCUCAAAUUUCCAGAUGAAUAGUAAGGAACUGCCUUGCAUUUGUGUUUUUAUCCUCAAUGCCUAGACUGUCAUAUGAGGUACUCAAUACUUGUUAAAUUGGUAUGAAUUGAAUUGUACAUUUUGCUAAAUUAUUUUGAGAAAAAUCUAAUAAAUUCACCCAUUU